AUGGCUUUGUUUCUCCAGUCUAUAACCCCCAAGAUCUUGGUGUCCUGUCCGACGCCUGAGCUUGGGCCUGCCUCUACUGCUGCGGCCCUCCCGGCCGGCCCUCCAGAAGGCAUUGGGGCAUGCCCUCCAGAAGGCAUUACAUCAAUAAUAGUUAUAUCUGAGGGCGUACACUCAAAUUCGCAGCUGUGGCGUCGUUUCGCAGUUAGCGUAAUAGGCCCCAUGGUCGUGUUGCAAAAAAAAAGCGGGGCGCGUGCGCAGGUAGCUUGCCGAGGCGCUUUACCGCCAUGGCUGGGUGGGGGGCGGCGCGGGGAGGGGGGCUUAUACACUUUCACCUGGCGAGGCUGCGCGGGCGUCGACCCCCGAUCGCCCUACUCCGCUGACCCACUACGGGCCGAGCGAAACACUUUCAUUUCUUACGGCUCCCUCAUUAGGCUCGAGGAUGCCUUCGAUGGCUCGUUGCAGCGCGAGAGCUGGCUGCUCCCGGUGACGCGGAGA